ACUUGUGGAUUCAAUUGAUUUUUCAGAUUCGCGAUCGGAUUGGAUCAUAUAAGAUUUUAGGGAUUUGGAAAAAAAUCUUGAGCUAUGGAGGCGAAUGCGGCGGUGGACGGAACGGGGAAUCCGAUCCCUACGUCGGCGGUUUUGACAGCUUCGGCGAAGCAUAUAGGAAUCAGAUGUAUGCCGGAAAACAUGGCGUUCCUGAAAUGCAAGAAGAAUGAUCCUAAUCCAGAGAAAUGCCUCGAGAAAGGACGUGACGUCACUCGCUGUGUUCUUGGCCUGCUCAAGGAUCUUCACCAGAGAUGCCCCAAGGAGAUGGAUGCUUACGUUGGAUGCAUGUAUUACUACACCAACGAGUUUGAUUUGUGUCGGAAAGAGCAAGAAGCCUUCGAGAAAGUGUGCCCGUUGAAAUGAGAUAUUAAGUUUAUCUGUCUCCUAAUAAGCAAAUGUUCAUUCU